AUGCUCUUGAUCCACGUAAUAAGCCAUACAAAGCUUUCUGAUUACUAUUAUCAUGCAGAUUUCCUGUCUGAGGCUGCUCUUGAAGAAAAUCCUUAUUUCCGGUUGAAGAAAGUCGUGAAAUGGUAUUUGUCAGGCUUCUAUAAAAAGCCAAAGGGACUGAAGAAACCUUAUAAUCCUAUACUUGGUGAGACUUUCCGUUGUUUGUGGAUUCAUCCCAGAACAAACAGCAAAACCUUUUAUAUUGCUGAAUAGGUGUCCCAUCAUCCACCGAUAUCUGCCUUUUAUGUUAGUAACCGAAAGGAUGGAUUUUGCCUUAGUGGCAGUAUCCUUGCUAAGUCCAAGUUCUAUGGAAACUCGUUGUCUGCAAUAUUGGAAGGAGAAGCACGGUUAACUUUCUUGAACAGAGGUGAAGAUUAUGUAAUGACAAUGCCAUAUGCUCACUGUAAAGGAAUUCUUUAUGGCACCAUGACACUGGAGCUUGGUGGAACUGUCAAUAUUACAUGUCAGAAAACUGGAUAUAGUGCAGUACUUGAAUUCAAACUAAAGCCAUUUCUAGGUAGUAGUGACUAUGUUAACCAAAUAUCAGGGAAACUUAAAUUGGGAAAAGAAGUCCUAGCUACUUUGGAAGGCCAUUGGGAUAGUGAAGUUUUUAUUAAUGAAAAGAAGACUGAUAGUUCAGAAGUAUUCUGGAACCCAACACCAGACAUUAAGCAGAGAAGACUAAUAAGAUACACAGUAAAGUUCGAAGAACAAGGAGAAUUUGAAUCAGAAAAACUCUGGCAACGGGUGACUCGAGCCAUAAAUGCCAAAGACCAAACAGAAGCCACUCAAGAAAAGUAUGUUUUGGAAGAAGCUCAGAGACAAUCUGCCAGAGACCGGAAGACUAAGAAUAUAGAGUGGAGCUGCAAAUUAUUUGAACUUGAUUCACUCACAGGCGAAUGGCAUUACAAGUUUGCAGAUACUCGCCCGUGGGACCCACUUAAUGAUAUGAUACAGUUUGAAAAAGAUGGUGUUAUCCAGACCAAAGUGAAACACCGCACCCCCAUGGUUAGUGUCCCCAAAAUGAAACAUAAGCCAACCAGGCAACAGAAAAAAGUGGCAAAAGGCUAUUCAUCCCCAGAACCUGAUAUCCAGGAUUCGUCUGGAAGUGAAGCUCAAUCAGUCAAACCAAGUACAAGAAGAAAGAAAGGCAUAGAACUUGGAGAUAUUCAAAAUUCAAUUGAGUCUAUAAAACAAACGCAGGAAGAAAUUAAAAGAAGUGUUAUGGUUCUUCGAAAUCACUUUACUUCAAGUACACCUGCCACGGAUUAUUUCCUGCAGCAAAAAGACUAUUUCAUCAUAUUCCUCCUGAUUUUGCUUCAAGUCAUAAUAAACUUCAUGUUUAAGUAGAAGUUCUUUACAGUGGACUUGAUGAGCUAGGUCUGGACUGGGACCAAUGUUCAAGCUGGUCGAUCUUUAUUAGAACAUCACAUUAUUUCUAAAACAAAAACCUUAGGAGUCUUUAUAGAGGUUUUGAAUUUUCAUGCCUUUCACCUUAACCGAAAUCAAGAUCUGUUCUCUUUAGUUAUUCAAGUGAGCUAUAUGUUAAGUGCCAGAAAUUUCCAGCUUUUGUGAGACUGUGUCUACAUGUGAUUAUAAUAAAUUCACAUGUACAAACACACACACAAAAAAAAA